AUGAAGUAUCACUUGACUUUAGUCACCUUGUUGUCUGCACUUUUUGUCCCAGUGUUAGCAGACGUGGGUGUCACAUCGCCUGAGGAGGGAGACAAAUUUUCCGGUUCGUCUGGAGAAGCUAGUAUCAAGGUAAGCUGGAAGGACAAUUCAGACUCUGAUUCCGAUUUUGCACUCAGCAAUGUCCAGUCAUACACGCUUUCGUUGUGUACAAACGGGAGCCCUAUCCAGUGCUUAGACCCAGCUAUCAAGAGUCAAAAGUUAACUUCAAACACAGCCACUGUCACAGUCAAGCAAAGCGACGCACCAAGUGGUUACUACUUUAUACAAAUCUACACAGUAUUCAAGAGUGGAUCAACAACCACCAUUUACACUCCUAGGUUUCAACUAACUGAUAUGGAAGGGACCACUGGAACCCUUGUUGUCACAGUAACUGGAGACCAACCCGGAGGUCAAACGUCGGCCGCACUGUCGGCAGGUGGUGACACAUCCGCAAGUUUUACAGUCCCAUACACAUUACAAACAGGCAAAACAAGAUAUGCCCCAAUGCAAAUGCAACCUGGCUCUACGGUGACCGCCACAACUUGGACGCCAAAGUACCCCACCAGUGCCGUCACAUACUACUCAACCAAGCACAGCAAGCCAGUGGUGUACUCUACAAUCACUCCUGGUUGGAGUUAUACUGCUAGCUCAGAAGUCAAUUGGGCAACUGUGGCUCCUUAUCCAACUAAUUGGUACGCUGCAAGUGAGAGAAAGUUGAGCAAAGCUAGUAUCACAGCCACUAAGAAGAAGAGGAGAUGGUUGGAGUAA